AAUUCUAUAUUGCAAUACAGUGGAGAGAGACAGAGAGCGAGAGCAGCCACUGCUCAGUCGUCACUGGUCUCCGACAAACGACAACCAAAACACAGAUUUCUGAAUCCAGACAAAAAGAAAAAAAAAAUCAUAUAAAACGACGCCGUUGGUGGACCUGAGCCCUCUGGAGACAGAGGAAGAGGCAGAGGCAGAGAGGGAGAGAAAUGGCGUUUUUCAUCCAAGUUGGUGUAGCAGCGAUCGCGUGUUUCUGAUGGCGGUGGCGAUGGAAUCUGACGGGCGGGAGCUGCGUCCGUCUGAUCACGGCCUCGUGUACCAGAACCCGGCGCCGGCCAGCGCGAAGUCGCCGGCGGAUGAGAAGUCGUUCUUCGGCGGGGGAGGAGGAGAGAAUUCUCCGGCGGCGGGGGACGCAGCACUGCCGAAGCCAAAGGCAAUGAACUCGAGCGACGCCGACGCGUCGUGGUGGAAGGGCGUGGUGGCACGUGACGGCGGGAGGCGUAGAGAUCACGUGGAGGACGUGUUGCUGGUGGCGAGCUUGGUUUGUGGGAUUGCGGGUGUCGCUCUGUUCGUGGCCUCCGCUUUUGUUUACGUCUUAAGGUACCGAAAGCAUAAAUCUUUACCGUCAGAAUCACCGUCAUCUUGAGGUAAUUACAUUAAGUAAUACCUAAGGGCAUAUAAGUUUGGAGCCGCUUUUAAACGACUGAAAGCGUUUUUAGAGAAAAUAUUUUUGAAUUGAAAAAACACUGGGUUGAAAUGUUUUCUUCUAAGUGCUUUUCAGCAGCAUUUUGAUUAAAGAUUAGUUCUAAAAACAUUUUCAUCAAAAACACUUUCAACUAUUUUAAAAGUACUCUCAAACGACUCCUAAUGCUUCUUUGGAUUUAUACUCUUUAAUUUUAUUUUUUUCGUGUAAAUAAACUUAAGAGUUGCAUCAUAUGCGAUAGAGGAUGCAGAUGUCCAGUUAUUUUUCUUUGAUCCUUGUUAAUUUGCCUUAGUGCUUUUAAUGUUAAUGCUUGUAAUGAGGUUCCAAAUUAAUUAACAAUGCCUAGAGUUGCUUUUAAUUUAGAUUAUGGUUACACGUC